AAGAACUGCAAAACCCUUUAGUUUCUGAAUAUGUUUAGUCUAUGUAUUUGUGGAAGCUCUCAUCUUCAAACUGAUGAAGAUGACAUGUAUAUUCUUAGCCCAUCUUCAACCCCCAGGAGGGGGUCAAAGAAGGGCACAUUUUAUAGGGGGAGAGGGAUCAACAACCCUUAUGCUAAUCGCGGCCUCGACAAGUUCUCUGCACUCUUGGCUGAUCUUGAAGGCCUGAAGCAGAAAAUCUACACACAGAUGGGCUCAGAUGAAAUCUCCUUUGUCCGCUUCGCCUUCUUGAACUCCAAUCAUGUCAAGCCCAUUAUUGUCAAGUCAAAGAACAAGAAACAAGGUGCAGCAGACCAGGAUGAAGCUGAGCAGAAUGUGGUUCAGUCCACAGGUGAAGCUCAAGAAACUGGUGGUGAAGAGAAGAGGUUGGGCAAGAGUGUUUCUUGGAAGAAGAUGAAUUAUGUCAUGAAGUGGGAAAACUGGAAGAAGCCGAGGUAUUACUUGCCUGUGGCUAUAAUCUUGAUUUUGGCUUUGUUGGCUGUUUAUGGAAGGUCGUUUGCAGUUAUGUGUACCUCCAUUGGAUGGUAUGUAAUUCCCACCAUUAGAGAGAGUUCAUCUUCAAGCUUGAGCUCCACAAAGCAGAAGAGGAAGAGGGAUUUCUCCAGAAAACUGAGCUGCAAAACUGUUGUUAGUACAAAUUUAAGCAAUGGGAGAGGCUUCUGAGUUCUGAGUUUCAUCUUCAUGUUAAGGUUUUUCUAGUGUGAAUUCUUGAUUUUUCUUUCUUUUUUUUUCAUGAAUGUAAAUUCUUUUUAAGGUUGUUGAACUCGGUCAUAUGUUCUUUGGUGAGUUCCAUGGAUGUCACUGUUGUGAGCCUUCAAGUUUCUAGAUGAAGUCAUCAUUAAAAUGUGCACAGUGCACUCAUCCUUCAAAUUUUCAAACUUGAACAACUUACUAUAAAGACUUGCUACAAUGAGAAAAACAUUUUUACAUUCA